AUGUCCUUCCUCACCGGCGCCAUCCGCACCGCCGCCGCCGGCACCGCCGCCCGCGCCGCGCUCCUCAACGGCUCGCGCCGCGCUGCGCCCUUCGCCGCAGUCCGGGGCUACGCCUCGCACUCUCACGACGACGAGACGUUCGAGUCCUUCACCUCGCGCUACGUCUCCUUCUUCGGCGCCGUCGAGGACCUUUUCGAGCUGCAGCGCGGCCUGAACAACUGCUUCGCCUACGACCUUGUGCCCGCGCCCGAGGUGGUCGAGGCUGCUCUCCGCGCCGCCCGCCGCGUCAACGACUACAGCACUGCCGUCCGCGUGUUCGAGGGUCUGCGUGAGAAGGUCGAGAACGAGGGACAGUACAAGCAGUACGUCGAGGCGCUGGCCGACGUGCGCAAGGAGCUCGGCAUCUCGCUGAAGGAGGAGCUGUACAACGCCUAAAGCAGUGGCUAGACCUGGUGGAGGGAGAGGGAGAAGGCGACAAAGCCGGGCGCGCAAAACGACACUCUUGCCCUGUCGAGCGAGUCGGCUGCGAAGCGCCCGCAAAGCGAAUUGCAAUGUUCUCCUCUCGUACAGUCUGCGCAGCGUGCAGGGCGGGGCGGUGCGAGCAGCUGCGCCGCUG